AUGUUCAAUCUUUUUUUAGCGGUUUCCCCAGAGAUCUUUCUCAUUAAUGCAACUUUCAUUUUGCUCAUUCAUGGAGUUGUAUUUAGUACCUCUAAGAAAUAUUCUUAUCCACCGUUAGUCAGUAAUGUGGGUUGGCUUGGAUUACUUAGUGUUCUAAUAACCUUGCUUCUGCUCGCCGCUGGCGCACCUCUCCUAACUAUUGGCCAUUUAUUCUGGAAUCAUUUUUUUAGGAGGGACAAUUUUACAUAUUUCUGCCAAAUACUUCUAUUAUUAAGUACGGCUGGUACCAUUUCGAUGUGUUUCGAUUCUUUCUUUAAAGAGAGGUUUGAUGCUUUUGAAUUCAUUGUAUUAAUUCCACUUCCUACUCGCAGUAUGCUCUUUAUGAUCUCGGCUCAUGAUUCAAUUUCCAUGUAUUUAGCUAUUGAGCCUCAAAGUUUAUGUUUUUAUGUGAUGGCAGCAUCAAAAAGAAAGUCAGAAUUUUCCACGGAAGCCGGCUCGAAAUAUUUGAUCUUAGGUGCAUUUUCCUCUGGAAUCUUACUGUUUGGUUGUUCCAUGAUCUAUGGGUCUACUGGAGCUACCCACUUCGAUCAAUUAGCCAAGAUUUUGACCGGAUACGAAAUCACUGGUGCUCGAUCUAGUGGUAUUUUUAUGGGGAUUCUAUCUAUCGCUGUAGGAUUCCUAUUCAAGAUCACUGCAGUUCCUUUUCAUAUGUGGGCACCUGAUAUCUAUGAGGGUUCACCCACCCCGGUUACAGCAUUCCUUUCUAUUGCGCCUAAAAUCUCUAUUUUUGCUAAUAUUUCACGUCUUUCUAUUUAUGGUUCCUAUGGAGCUACAUUGCAAGAAAUCUUCUUUUUCUGCAGCAUUGCUUCUAUGAUCUUAGGAGCACUGGCCGCCAUGGCCCAAACGAAAGUCAAAAGACCUCUAGCUCAUAGUUCAAUUGGACAUGUAGGUUAUAUUCGUACAGGUUUCUCAUGUGGAACCAUAGAAGGAAUUCAAUCACUACUAAUUGGUAUCUUUAUUUAUGUAUUAAUGACGAUAGAUGCAUUCGCCAUAGUUUUAGCAUUACGGCAAACCCGUGUCAAAUAUAUAGCGGAUUUGGGCGCUCUAGCCAAAACGAAUCCUAUUUCGGCUAUUACCUUCUCCAUUACUAUGUUCUCAUACGCAGGAAUACCCCCGUUAGCCGGUUUUUGUAGCAAAUUCUAUUUGUUUUUCGCCGCUUUGGGUUGUGGGGCUUACUUCCUAGCCCCAGUGGGAGUAGUGACUAGCGUUAUAGGUCGUUUUUAUUAUAUACGCUUAGCGAAAAUCAUGUUUUUUGAUACACCUAGGACAUGGAUUCUAUAUGAACCAAUGGAUCGUGACAAGUCGUUACUACUAGCAAUGACUUCCUCUUUCAUUACUUCAUCCUUUCCAUAUCCCUCUCCCUUGUUCUCAGUUACUCAUCAAAUGGCACUCAGUUCAUAUCUUUAA